AUGGAUGUUGAAUCGCUUCCUGCUUCUAGCGACGACCAAGUCAGCUAUCCUAGUCAAAUUCGUCAGUGGAUAGAUGUAUGCAACUCAUCACAUGGCGAUAUCUGCGUCCCCAAACCGAUAUCACAACAACCCCCAGACGACGUGCCUCAAUGGCUCAUCGAUACCCAUGACCAGUGCAUUGUGCCCGGAGUCUCCGCGAAUCAUUACUUGGCCUUAAGCUAUACCUGGCCAGAAACCCGCGAUUCCUCUACACCAGCACCACGCAGUUUACUCCUUGACGCCGCGAGCGUAGCAGACCUCCAAACGCCUGGAUGCUUUUCCAGCUCCGCUAUCUCAGAGCUCCUACCGGGAGUGAUCAGACACGCUAUGAGCGUAACAGCUGCAUUAGGCGAACGAUAUCUCUGGGUCGACCGACUUUGCAUUGUGCAAAACGAUGCAGGAACACUCGAUCAAGUCACAAGGAUGGAUAAGAUAUAUGCAGGAGCGUAUCUCACCAUCAUUGCUGCAGCACCGGAUGCCAUGUACCAAAGCAAUCAAUUAUCAGAAUGGCCUCGCUUUAACAUCUUGUUCAAACAAUCAAAUUCUUCUGGCCUCAGCGAAGAUCAAGUCGUCCGUGCUAUGGACUAUCGGUAUCAGACUUUGAGAGCAUCUCGGUGGGCGACAAGAGGAUGGACAUUCCAGGAGCAGAUACUUUGUAAAAGGGCCGUUAUAUUUACCGAGAAAGGAAUCUUUUGGGAUUGCCAGUGUUGCAUGUGGGACGGCGCGGAUCUCAAGCCAGGUCAGGACUACGAAACCAUCUCAGUCUCCACGGACAUGGGCAAGCGAUUUACGACCCGAUGGUGGCCCGAUUUCAGCUUCUACGUCGAUCUGAUCUGUCCGUACAACGGCCGAGAGUUCUCUUAUCCCCAAGAUGCACUAUUAGGCUUUUCGGGUAUCUUGAGCGCCUUGUCGCGAUCGUUUCCUGGAAAAUUUAUAUCGGGUGUACCGAACAUAUUUCUUGACCAUGUUCUGCUAUGGCAGCCAUUUGAGACUGCAGAUCGGCGCGUAGAUCGAGGCAAUUCAUCAAGCACAUUCGGAGGCGUGUCCAGCCUUCCAUCGUGGGCAUGGUGCGGAUGGCAGUGUUUCGUGGAUCCAAUGAGUCUUCGCUCUGGCCUAGCCUACAUAAACGAAGACCAAAUGCGAAAUCGAGCCCGCAGCUGGCAAACACAAAACUUGAUAGAGUGGCGUGCGUCUAACGAUCUAGUACAGUCGGAACUGAUGUCGGAUCCGCCCAUUUUUGAUGGUCAUGUCAAGCUCGCAGGUUCAUCUGACGCACUUCCAGAAGAGUGGGAAUCCCACUACGAACUCGGCACGGAAGCUCCGAGUUAUAGCCAUGCAACAGAUCGAAAGCUACUCUUCAGACACCCCAUACCACUAUCACUCGAUGCCUCACGGCAACCCGAACUCUGCACAACAUCCUACCUAACCUUCGAAACCACCUCCGCCAUGUUCCUCCCCGCCACCAUCCUACGACCUCUCAAGUCCCAAGAGAUGGUUAGCUGGGGCGACGUCAAGGUCUCCGUCUUCGAAGACCGCAUGUUCGCCCUCGGUCCCCGCGAUAACAAAGUCCCUCCCGUCAUCGUUCUCAAACAGCCAAACGGCAUGUUCGCCGGCCUCAUCCGCCACAUGAACAAUGAUCGCAUGAACCCCAAUCUCCCCGUCGAACUCGUCGCCAUAUCAACCGGCAGCGCCAACGCGCUGGACCUCGAAUUUUCAUUUGAAUGGAACGUCUUCGCCGACCUAGAAAGCUAUUACACAUAUGGAAAUGUCUGUAAAAUCAUACCCUUUGCCUCGCCGCCCCUCACCGCGCAGCAGAAACGUGCGCUGCUAUUCGAUACGUCAAUGGCAUUUGGUGAGGAAGCAGCAAAGGAUGAUAGUAACAGUGCUCUCGCCCUGGAACUCAGUGCUAUAGAAAAUGAAAUCAACGACCAGGUAUAUUUGGAAAUGGAAAGGCAUGAGGAGAGGCUGGCAAAGCUUAAUGCGACGCAAGAGUAUCGGACGCGGUAUGAGCAGAAGAUUUGGUUCAAUGUUCGGAAGAAGGUGCUUGGAGAGCGGAAGCAGAAGAAGAAUAUGGGAGAGGAGGGUCCCGGUGGUGCGGUGUGUCAGUUCUAUAAUGUUCUUUGGAUUCAGCGCAAGGAGGGGGUCGCGUAUAGAGUCGCGUGUGGUUGGGUGCCGAAGUAUGUUUGGGAGGCGCAUGCUAAGGGGCCUGUGAAGGUUGUGUUGGGUUGA